UUGAAUAUACAAGCGCUUAUUAACCGAUCGAAGCGACACCAUUUUUUCCAUUUAUACAGAACUGACAUAAGAAAACAUUCACGAGAAAACAUGUUAUUUUUCUCCAUGUCAUGCUUGGAAGAGAUCAUAUAGAAUCAUUGCAGGAUCUUAUAGCCAUGGAAAUACUUGAAGAACGGAAUCAUGCGAUGAAUGGCUGGCACAGGCGCAGAAUGCCAAGGUUUAGAGAUGCCCCUCAUGGUUUUCUGCCACGACAGGUUCGACAUGAACGCAUCCUAGUGGAAGACGAUCAUCUCAGCUUUUCAACAAAUGACAUGAACAAAGUUGGAUUGUAUGUAGCAGCAAAACCACUGUCUGCAGAGAACUUCUACUUUGAAAUAGAAGUCAUCGACACAGGCCUGAUUUCAGCAAUUGGCAUUGGCCUUGUGCCCUACAAAUACCCAAUGGAUUCCCAACCAGGCUGGCGAGCUUUCUCAGUUGGCUAUCAUGCAGAUGAUGGACAGUUGUUCAAGGCAAGUGGAUUUGGUCGUCCGUUUGGUCCCAAGUGUGAUGUUGGGGAUAAGAUGGGAUGUGGGAUCAAGUUCCGCAAGAAUGAUGAGGAGCGACCGCAACAUGAACAGGCCGUACAGGUCUUCUUCACACGCAACGGACAGGAGAUCGGGACAGUGACAGUACCCAACCCACCGGGGGGUCUUUAUCCAGCAGUGGGGAUGCAUUCAGAUGGGGAGGAGAUCCGUCUCAACCUUGAGGCCGAGUGGGUCUACGAGGAGCUCAUGCACAUGGCAGUGGACAGUGGUGAGGACGAGUGGCUUCGUCUACAUGAUGUAAAGCUUAACGGCGUGACGCUGGAGUAUUCCGGAAGAGGAAAGAGUAUCCACGAUGUUGGGCUGGCCCAGGCGAGAUACCCGCUGGACACAAUGAACCAUUACUUUGAAAUAGAGAUUAUAGACCCUGGGGAAAGCUGCUAUAUUGCAAUUGGUGUUGCAAGAAGGAAUUAUCCCAAAGACAGACACCCAGGCUGGAAUAAAGGCUCAAUAGCUUAUCAUGCUGAUGAUGGAAAAAUAUUUGUUGGUUCAGGCAUUGGAGAUCCAUUUGGUCCAAGAUGCCACAAAGGUGACUUGAUGGGAUGUGGGAUCAUGUUUCCACCUGACUAUGACAGUGAGGUCGACAGUGACCUGUCCCCGGACGAGAACGAGGGGACUGAGCCAGGGGACGCCCCGUAUCACUCAGAUACGGACUCUGAGGAGGAGGACUGGGGCCAGUACCAUGGUAACAAGGAACCAGAGACCGGCACUAAAGUACAGAUUUUUUUCACAAGAAAUGGAAAAAUAAUAGGUUAUAAGCAUGUGAACAUACCCAAGGGAGGGUUUUACCCAACAGUGGGCAUGUUGAGUAGUUGUGAGAAAGUGCGAGUGGACCUCAGACCGCUUACUGGAUGAACACUUACAUUGGUUAUGGGAGGAAAAUGAUGGUAGAUUUAUCAACCUUGUUACAACAGUUGUGCUCUUCGAAUAACACCCUGUAGAAGUGUGCUGUGGAGGAAUGGUGUUACCAAGGGAUCCUUAUUAUUCUAGGUUUAUUUAUUUUACUACAAAUAUUUUAUUUUUAUUCCCUUCUAUAAAAAGCUUUCCAAUGUUCACACCUCAAAUAUUGUUUACAUUGCAUCUAUGACAUUUUUAAAUGCAUGAUUUUCUGUACUUGAGUGAUAAAUUGCCACAUUUUUCUCCUAACUUUCAAGUUAGCAUAAUCUGUGAUUAUUGUUAAGUAUAUAGAGAUGUUUUAUGAUAAAUGAAAAAAUCUCUUAUUUGUUUUGAAACCUGUUGUAGAAUCAGAAAAUAGUGUCAUAUACUGUUAUAUUUUCAAAACUUCAAUAGAAGUUCAUUUUGAGGCAGAUUAAAAGUGUGUUUAAAAUUCACAGAAUAUUUGUUUCUUUUGUAACAAGAACAGUGCAUUCAGUUUGAAAAUUACUUAAUUUAUGUUAAUAACAAAAUAAAAAUAGUUUUUUUUUAUCUCCCAGCUUGUGUUUAACCCCCAAAAGCGUUCGCAUGUUAAACAUAUGUUUUGCAUUAGAAUGUUUAAAACUAAUUAGAGGUAUAUGUACUGUAUUGUCAGUGUUGUUGAUCUCUGUAUCUAUACAGUAUGUAGUAAAAGCAUUAUUUAGUUAGCAGGUAGCAUUCUUGAGACUUUAAGCGAUUCUGUCGAUUUUUUUUUUAAAUAUCUGUUGUGCACACAUGUUCAUAGUACAUGUAUAGUGGAACAGUGUUAUGAUAGUUUCUCAUCGAACGCUUACAAUCAUUGUUAAUUAAUGAUGGCAUAGUGAAAUCAUUUUUAGGAGAGUGGGGGGCAUAUUUAAUUGCCCUUGUUUGUUGUUCGCAAUAUAUUGUGCUGUGCGUAUCUCCAAAAGUAUAGUAGCUAAAGAGAUGAAACUUUACAAGAGUUUUAAGCAGCAUUCAAACAUUUGGACCAAGGGUUUGAAGUGUGGCUGCGCCCAUUAAGUGCAGAGUUAGACUUGACUUAGUUAAAAACUAGUCUUUAGAGAGCAUGCAAUAUUGUGUCACAUGUAUCUCCUCUCCUAAAAUAUAAAAGACAGAAUCACAAAACUUUACAGGAAUGUUAAGCAGUAUGUGAAGUUGUGCACAUUGGGUUUGUGUGUUGCUUUGCCCUAUACAUGCAGAGUAAUGGCCCUUGACUUCGUGAAAAUAUGGCAUAUAGAGCAUGCAACUUGUGCCACACAUAUCUCUGAAAGUAUGAGAACCAGAGUCUUGAAACUUACAUUGUGCAACUGGUCAUUUUGAUGCACAUUCAUCGACAAUGGGGCGAAUAACGGCCCUUGCUUGUAACAAAGGCAGGAAUUUGGGACAUCUGUGUGCUAUUGACACAUUUCUUGUUGUGAUUUUGUUUUCAAUGUUAUUUUUUGUGUCCUAUGGACACAUUUCUAGUUCUUAGCCUGCUGUUGUACUGUACUGGCAUAUUCCACAUUUAUGGUCGCUGCUUAGUUUUGUUCAAAUUGCAAGUUAAAACAUAGCUUUACAGACUUGAUUGUCUUAGUUCUCAAAUACAUUUUCCUUGAAGUAUUUGGAAAUAUUUUUUUUUAAAUCCCAUAUCAAUACCAGUGUGAGGAUCCUGAUCAUCUUAACCAAAGUAAUAAAAUAUUGUUUCAAAUGAAAAUGUUUUUUUUAAAGUGGCACUCUUAUUCAAAAUCAAUACAUACACAUGUAUAACAAACAUCAAUUUUGACUGAUAAACCUUUAACUACUCAUUAAAUUAUGCAUUUAUUGAAAAUAUUAAUAACUGAUAACAAGAUUGUAGCCGCAUAUUUAAUAGCAGAAAGCACAAAAAGUAUUAAAUGAUUGUUGAAUGCUAAAAGAUUUACUGUGGUCUACUAUAGUCUCAUAAGGUAGAAAUACUGUGUUUUAUGCUCAUUUCUUUGAAAUUAAACUUGGUAUCCUUCAGAAGAAACGUUAUGUUCGACAUUUAUUUAUCCUUUUUGCAAUCUUAAAACAAUAUAAUUGAUUGUAGUAAAUCUUAUCUGGGAGUAAGAGUGCAUCUUUAAUGUAAUGGAUGUGUUUAAAACUCACCUUAACAGGAUUUAAGAAGAAAACUUAUGGACUAUGUUAAACAAAUACAUUUCAAUUAGUUUGAGAUUCUAGAGAAUACAUGGGUUGUUAGUAAUCUUUUAACCCAGCUACCAUUCAUCCUAUGAGUGUAAUGUUUAUACCAGUAUUUCUUUUGUAUACUAUGCCUAGCUUAUUGAUAUAAUUUUAUGAGACUUUUUACAAUUUUUUGAACUCUUAUGUUGAAGUACCAAGCAUGUGACAAGGUUGUAUGAGCAAUGAAGGCCAUUUCUGUAUACAUGAUCUUUACAACUUUAUCCUUAUUGAGAAAGACAUACAAUUUUGUCGCAUUUGUCCCUUUAAGAGAGACAGAAACAAUAACUAAUUGUGCAAUGUGUUCAUUUUCCUUGUAAAUAACCAUUUUAUCAUUUAAAUGUCAGUAUUUAAUUAUUAUCAUGUGAUUACUUCACUGAAGCUUGCAACGAGAACGAUAAGUCCCGUAGUCUAAUGCAUGUAUUACUUCUUUCUUUUUGAAAAUUAUUUCUGAAUUAAGGAUGUUUUUUGUUUUAAAUUAAUCAGAGAUACAGUAUAAAAUAACAAUCCACUGGAAAAUAUGAUAUUUUAGAUUUGUUUAAUCAAUUGUUCACAUGUGAGGAAUGUAUUUGUUCACAAGUUAGGUAGCUGAGGGAAUACUGGUCGAGUAAUAGAGUGCCUCUGAGUAUUUUGAGACACAUGUACCAAUGCACAGUACUAUUGCUGAUACUUGUUAUUAUUGGUCUUAUAUUGUUAUAUAUAUAUUGGUAUGAAAAUAAAGAAAAAUACCAUU